CAAAUCAAUAAGAGCGCUCUAUUUUUUAAUGCAUCAUGAUUAGCUGGAGUGUGCUGUGGUUACUUCUGGCGCUGAGCAUAGCCGUCAGCUUAGGACUACGUCUCGAGAAUCUAACACAGCAGCAGGUUGAAUCACAUCUAAUCGGUUUAGCUUGCAAACAGCCAAAGGCGCCGGGCUUAUGCCGGGGUCGGCAACUGCGCUACGCUUAUAACAAGGAGACGGACAACUGCGAGAGCUUCUACUACACGGGGUGCGCAUCCACGGACAACAAUUUCCUGACCUAUGAAGAGUGCCGACGGGAUUGCAUGCACCGUGGACGCUACUAGACUAAACCUAAUAAAUGCUAACUCUUAUAUUUUCUUGACCAAUUUAC